CAAAUGACAAUAAAAACUUUUUCUCUCUCAAAUGUAUCAAGGAUUCAUUUAUCUUUCUCUGUGUGAUAAGUAAAUAAACAAAAAAAAAACAACAAAAAAAGAACGAACUCUAUUUGAUUCCUUCAAUUAACAACAAGAUUUUGUACUAACCAAUCAUGAAUCGUAUAUCUCAUUCGAACAAUUAUUCUUAUGGGUUAACAUGUUUUCAUUACCAAUGAUAAUAUAAUUAAUCAUAUAUGUAUGUCUAAAGUAACAAUUAACUUAGUAACAAUUGCAUAGCAACUAAAUUCAGUUUUCUUUUCUUUUUUUCUUUUUUAUUCUAAAUUUUUUUCUUUUUUUUCUUUCCUCAAUUAUGAUCAAAUUAUGUUCAUAUUAUUUAAAUCAUCAUAAAAAUUAUCAAAUUCUUCAUUUGUAUAAUGAAUAUCAAUUAAAUAAUAAAAUUUUAUUUUCAUUAUUAAUUAUUAUUAUAUUAAUUACAUGGAGUAUAUUCUAUUUUAUAAUACCAAAUAAUAAGGAUAAUACUAAUGAUCAUGGAAUAGAAUCAUUCAUUAUCAAUAAAUCUAUGGUAAUUAAAAUACAUAUUGUCAUUUUAUUUGAUGGUAAUCAACGUUUACAAUAUUUGAAUAGUUUACUUAAAUCAAUAUUUUAUUAUCAAAAUGAUAGAUUUCGUUAUGAUAUAAAAUCUUGUUGCUAUGCAAAUUUUUGUGAUCGAUUUAUCACCAAUGAUCAUGAUAAUGAUAAUCAAACUGUUAUAAACCCCAUGGCAACAACAUAUAUAACUGUAUUACAUAUCUUAGUAACUACCAUUACAUCAAACAGUAAAUUGUUAAAUUUAAUGAAUACAUGGAAAUUACGUAAUAUGGAAUAUUAUUUUUACAGUUGUAAUAAUUACCUGGCAGAUAUUUGGUGGAUUCAAUCUAAGCAUCCUUCAGGCGUUAAACCAUUUUUAAAAUUGAUGAUUACAGAAAUUCUUCCAUUGACAAUCAGUAAAGUUAUUGUCCUAGAUAUUGACAUACUACUUAAUACAGAUAUUAUUGAAUUAUGGAAAUAUUUUGAUUAUUUUACAGGAACUCAGAGCAUAGGUAUUGGAUUGGAACAAAAUCCACAUUUUCAAGAAGUUAUGACUAAGUUAAAUAGUAAUUGGAAAGGUUAUGGAUAUAAUAAUGGUGUUCUGUUAUUUCAUCUUUCUAAAUUACGAUCAACCAAAUGGGAUUAUCUAUGGUUGAAUAUAACUAAAAAAGCUAUUGAAAAACAAGGUUACUUAAUCACUGGUGAACAGGACAUUCUAAAUCUGGUAUUAUUUGAAUUUAAACAUCUUUUAUAUGAGAUACCAUGUGAAUGGAAUAUUCAAUUAAGUCAAGGAAGUGAUCCACAUCGAUGUCCUGUAAGUUGGUUAACUUAUACAGAAUUAAAAAGACGUAAUUAUACAACAAGAUAUAAACAACCAAAACUUAUACAUAUUAAUCAUCUUAUCAAACCAAAUGAUUUAAAAGGGAAUUAUACACCAAUGAAUUACAAUGAUACAUUAGAUAUCAUUCUUAAACAGAAAGAACUAUAUAACAAAUUUGUGUCUGUAUACCGACAGUAUACAAGAUUACAUGAAUCAUGUUUUCAAUAGAUUCAAUUCAAGAAGUUAAUUACUUUGAUGUUGAUGUUUUCAAUCAUAUAACUGAUUUAUUUACUAUUGUUUGUUCGAAAUCAUUAGAGUUGAUUUCUUUCUAUUUUUGUAUCUAUAUCAAUACCCUUUCAAUAAAUCCGAUUGCUGAAAACAAAGUAUAUUCUAAAACUAUAUGUAUUGAAUGUGUAUAUGCUGAGUUGAUUAAGUAGAAUUGUUGAAUAGGUUGACUAUGGACUGUGGCCAGAAUAAAUGAAGACAUAAAGCAGUAUGUGGAUAUGCGACUCUUAUGUUGAGUAUUUUGUGAUAUAAUAAUAAUAAGUAGAAAUGUGCCCAGGACAGAGUUGGAUGGAG